GGCUCCGGUUCUCCCUCCCUCAGCGUCCACAAACCCAGCCAGUUCGAGCUCGAGCUGCUUUGCUCACCUCCUCCUCCUCUUCCUCCUCUUUCUCCUCAUCUCCUCCUCCUCCUCCUCUCCUCCAGGCUUCUUCCUUCUGGAUGGAUUCGGCCCGGAUGCCUCCCGUCUACUAACAUGGACGCCCCGGCGCUCGCUCAGGCGGAAGGCUGCUGCUGCUGCUGCUGCUCGGCGCAGUGAGACGGACACGCAGAGGCUGGCGGCAGAAGCCGCGACCAUGCCGUGAUCAUCCCGCCCUGCACAGCGCACGAUCCGGGGGAACCUUUCUUCUACGAUCCGAGGGAAUUUUAAAAACAAACAAAGACGAAAAAGACUUGUCCAUUCUUCUGUUUUUAUCCGCAGGCAUCAUGAAGAUUACCUCCCCGCUCAUAACUCAUGCGAGAUUCAGGUGCUGUGUCAGGCUUCUGCUGCUGCCUCUCUUAUGUGUGGGAUAUUCUCGAGGAAUGCCGCACGUUUUGAGAUUCGGGGGAAUAUUUGAAUCCAUCGAAACUGGUCCAUCAGGUGCUGAGGAACUAGCCUUUAAGUUUGCUUUAAAUACAAUCAACAGAAACAGAACUCUACUGCCAAACACAACACUCACAUAUGACAUCCAAAGGAUAAACAUCCAUGACAGCUUUGAGGCUUCCAGAAAAGCCUGUGACCAACUCUCUCUGGGAGUAGCGGCCAUUUUCGGCCCCUCUCACAGCUCUUCGGCCAAUGCGGUUCAGUCCAUCUGCAAUGCACUGGGGGUGCCACACAUUCAAACCAAAUGGAAGCACCAAGUUUCAGACAACCGUGACUCAUUCUAUGUCAGCCUCUACCCGGACUUCUCCUCGCUCAGCAGAGCCAUCCUGGACCUGGUGCACUUCUUCAAGUGGAGGAUGGUUACUGUAGUGUACGACGACAGCACAGGUCUGAUUCGGUUACAGGAGCUCAUUAAGGCGCCCUCUCGUUACAAUAUCCGGUUAAAAAUCCGACAGCUGCCAGCAGAGACAAAAGAUGCCAAGCCGCUUCUUAAGGAGAUGAAGAGAGGAAAAGAGUUCCAUGUGAUCUUUGACUGUGGCCAUGAGAUGGCUGCUGGCAUUCUCAAACAGGCUCUAGCCAUGGGAAUGAUGACAGAGUAUUACCACUACAUUUUUACCACACUGGACCUCUUUGCACUGGAUGUGGAGCCGUACCGCUACAGCGGGGUAAAUAUGUCAGGAUUCCGCAUCCUAAACACAGAGAAUAGCCAGGUGUCGUCCAUCAUUGAAAAGUGGUCCAUGGAACGCCUGCAAGCACCCCCCAAACCUGACUCUGGCUUAUUAGAUGGAUUUAUGACGACGGACGCUGCUCUGAUGUACGAUGCGGUGCAUGUGGUGGCUGUGGCUGUUCAGCAGUCUCCUCAGAUCACGGUCAGCUCACUCCAGUGCAACCGCCACAAACCCUGGCGCUUCGGCAACCGCUUCAUGACACUCAUCAAAGAGGCCCACUGGGACGGCUUGACCGGACGGAUAAAUUUCAACAAAACCAACGGCCUGAGGACAGAUUUCGAUCUGGAUGUGAUCAGCUUGAAGGAGGAAGGAUUGGAGAAGAUUGGCACGUGGGAUCCUGUAAGUGGUCUGAACAUGACGGAACACCAGAAGGGCAAGAUGGCGAAUGUCACAGACUCUCUCACCAACAGAACGCUCUAUGUAUCUACAAUACUGGAGGAGCCUUACGUGAUGUUCAAGAAGUCGGACAAGCCUCUGCACGGUAACGAUCGCUUCGAGGGCUACUGCAUCGACCUGCUGCGUGAGCUGGCCAACAUCCUGGGCUUUGUCUAUGAGGUACGGCUUGUGGAAGAUGGCAAGUACGGCGCGCAGGAGGAAAGCACGGGCCAGUGGAAUGGCCUGGUCCGGGAACUGAUGGACCACAAAGCUGAUCUUGCAGUGGCUCCGCUGGCCAUCACCUACGUGCGGGAGAAGGUCAUCGACUUCUCCAAGCCCUUCAUGACGCUGGGGAUAAGUAUUCUGUACCGCAAGCCCAAUGGCACCAACCCGGGGGUGUUCUCCUUCCUCAACCCUCUCUCCCCCGACAUCUGGAUGUAUAUUCUGCUGGCUUACUUGGGUGUCAGUUGUGUGCUGUUUGUCAUAGCCAGGUUUAGCCCCUACGAAUGGUAUAACCCCCACCCGUGCAACCCCGACUCGGACGUUGUGGAAAACAAUUUCACCCUGCUAAAUAGUUUCUGGUUCGGAGUUGGAGCUCUCAUGCAGCAAGGAUCUGAGCUCAUGCCCAAAGCCCUUUCCACCAGGAUAGUAGGAGGCAUCUGGUGGUUCUUCACUCUCAUCAUCAUCUCCUCCUACACGGCCAACCUGGCCGCCUUCCUCACUGUGGAAAGAAUGGAAUCUCCCAUUGAUUCAGCCGAUGACCUGGCCAAGCAGACCAAGAUUGAGUAUGGCGUGGUGGAGGAUGGCUCCACAAUGACCUUUUUCAAAAAAACAAAGAUCUCCACAUACGACAAGAUGUGGGAGUUCAUGAGCAGUCGCCGGCAUUCCGUCAUGGUGAAGAGUGUGGAGGAGGGGAUUCAGCGGGUGCUUACCUCAGAUUAUGCCUUCCUCAUGGAGUCCACCACGAUCGAGUACGUCACCCAACGCAACUGCAACCUCACCCAGAUUGGAGGCCUCAUCGACUCCAAGGCGUACGGAGUUGGCACUCCUAUGGGCUCUCCAUACCGAGAUAAGAUCACCAUAGCGAUCCUGCAGCUGCAGGAGGAGGGGAAGCUGCACAUGAUGAAGGAGAAGUGGUGGAGAGGGAACGGCUGCCCAGAAGAAGAGAGUAAAGAGGCCAGUGCCCUGGGUGUGCAGAACAUCGGAGGAAUCUUCAUCGUUCUGGCCGCCGGACUUGUCCUCUCUGUCUUUGUGGCAGUGGGGGAGUUUCUCUAUAAGUCCAAAAAAACGCACAACUCGAAAAGAGGUCCUUCUGCAGUGCCAUGGUGGAGGAGUUGCGAGUGUCCCUCAAGUGCCAGCGCCGCCUCAAACAUAAGCCUCAACCUCCCGUCAUGGUCAAAACAGAGGAAGUCAUCAACAUGCACACCUUCAAUGACCGGAGACUGCCAGGCAAAGAGACCAUGGCUUAAAGUAGACACUUGCUCUCUCUUUCUUGAACCGGAGGAGGGGGGGGGAGAGCGGUAGGGCAGGGUGAUAGCUACAUUUGUACAUGGGUGGGGGGUGGGGGGUGAGAGAUUAGGAACGUGAGUUGCUCAGAGUGUUAAAUGUCAUCGUUGUUUCAAAAAUAAUUAGUUAUUGCAGAUAAAAAGAAACUGAGACAAUAUUUCCUGUGGAAAUAACUUGAUUCUGGGCAAAAUUAAAGUGAGUUACCUCAUCACUCCUGCCACCAGGGCAAGGACUGAGUGGUACUGGUGUUCAGGAUAACUUCUGAAGGAAAAUCCAGAAACAGAGGAGUAGGAUCAACCAUGUGUGGCUGGAGUUGGACUGUCCCUUCAUUAUGUUCACAUUAGUUUAGGUUUGUGAAUCUGUAAUCUCUUUGGGCAACUCGACCAUUCUCUGUCUAGAGGCCAUAUAGAGAAUAGUGGAGUCUGUUAAAGAGACCUAAAAGACUCAUGUAGACAAAUAUACAACAGGGGGAAGUUCUGUAUGAUGACAUGGAUAAAAUAGUAUAUUAUUUUAAGAUGUAUAUUUGUGCUGAAAAAAAGUCAUGAUCAAUCCCAGUCAAGAGCAACCAAAACCUAACUGAUUCAAAAGCUUUGAAAUAUGUUCAGAGCCACAGUAAAAUGACUCCGUAAUAAAGGCAUUUCUUACUCUGAAUCCAAGCUGGUGAAAGAAUAGUAGGAGAUGCAUCAUGCGUCAGGCAAUAAAUUACUUAAUUUGCUUGCAUCUCAAAUCACUACCACUUCCAUGACAUAAAAUAGGAAGAGAGAAAAAAAAAUAAUUUGUGCAAAUGUGUUGGCAAAGAGAAAGUAUAUCAUGAUUAGCUAGUUUUGUCUCAGAUGCGCGCUGGUAGAGUAAUACAGAAUCACUAAAACAAGACGUGCCUAUUAUUGGCCCCUGAAGAACCUCGGGAUGCUCUUCAUCGCCGCUGCAAAGUAUAAGUCAGCAUUGGUAACUCAAAAACAAAACUCACAACGCUAUAUUUAUUCAAGUAUUUAUUAUUUUAUUUAUUUAUUUUUAUUUUUUAAGAUUUUGAUGGACUGAUUCAUCAUAGCUACGAACAUACAUAUUAAUUACACUCCUGUGCAUAUUUACCUUUUUUAACACACAAUCUGGUUCAUUUAAAUGUCAAGGUUCUUGUUUGUACUUUUUUGUGAAUUUAAUUUCAGAAACAGGACUCCUCACAAACUUGUGCAAAUGCAAAAUUUAUAUAAAAAAGUGUUUUUGUAUGCAGAAAAAAAAAUCAAAAUUUUGUAAUAAUUUUUAUCAACACAAGAUUGACCAUGGGCAUCUUUCUCUUCUUCUGGUGGAUGGAAUGCCCUUUGGAGUCGCCAAUCCAGAGUGUAAAGUUGUGGGGGCCCUGGGACCACUGUGUGUCCACAUGGACCAGCCUCAUUAGACUACACAAACACACACCCAGGACCAUAUCACCUGGCCUCUGUGAAGAGGACACAGAGCCAGUGUCCAUGAUACAUGGCCUCCAUGGACAGGGGACGCCUUUUAGGUCCACACAAAGGGAAGAGUGCUAAGCAUGCCAGGCAGUGUUGAAGUGACACACACAUUUUGGACAGAUCCUAUUUUUAUCAUGUAAAUGAAUCAUAUUUAAAGAAAGAUAUUUUUACUUGGGGUAAACGAUGAUAGUAACACUAAUAAUGAUGAUACAAAAUAUAUACAUAUACAUACAAAGAGGUAAACGGUGAGGACGACCACUGUUGCUUCUCAUUCUACACCCCUGAUUUUCAAUAGACUGCUAGUACUCAGUGCAGAGAACAUGUGUGUAAAUGGUUUAAGAUGGAUAAGAUGUAUUUAAAGAAUUUAAAGAUGCUAAACUAAUUUUGACCAUGUUGUGAAAACAAAAUCAAUUGUGCACACAAUUACUGUCUGAAUUUGAUGCACAAGUUUAAAGAAAACCAUUAAAAAGUUCAACAUAC